UCGAAGCUGUUCUUCACUCACUGCACUGCACUCACGCAAAGCAACAGCACGAGACAGUCACUAGGCCAAGGUCUGGAGAAGUCAGGGAGGUAAGCCCCACUUUGGCCCGACUCGGCAGCAUGGAACUGGUCCAGGACACCUCCCGCCCACCACUGGAGUAUGUGAAGGGGAUCCCUCUCAUCAAGUACUUUGCAGAGACAAUUGGGCCACUGCAGAGCUUCCAACCCAGGCCUGAUGACCUGCUCAUCAGCACCUACCCCAAAUCUGGCACCACCUGGGUGAGUGAGAUCCUGGACAUGAUCUACCAGGGUGGCGACUUGGAGAAAUGUCGAAGGGGCUCCAUCCUUACCCGGGUGCCCUUCCUUGAGUUCAAGGGUCCAGGGUGUCCCACAGGUCUUGAGGUUCUGAAAGAUACACCAGCCCCACGGCUCCUCAAGACACACUUGCCCCUGGCUCUGCUCCCCCAGGCCCUGCUGGAUCAGGUCAAGGUGGUCUAUGUUGCCCGAAAUGCAAAGGACGUGGCUGUCUCUUUUUACCACUUCUACCGCAUGGCCAAGGUGCACCCUGACCCUGGCACCUGGGACUGCUUCCUGGAGAAGUUCAUGGCUGGGGAAGUGUCCUAUGGGUCCUGGUACCAGCAUGUGCAAGAGUGGUGGGAGCUGAGACACACCCACCCUGUUCUCUACCUCUUCUAUGAGGACAUAAAGGAGAACCCCAAAAGGGAGAUUAAGAAGAUCCUGGAGUUUGUGGGACGUUCCCUGUCAGAGGAGACUGUGGAUCACAUUGUGCAGCACACGUCAUUCAAGGAGAUGAAGAAGAACCCCAUGGCUAACUACAGCAACAUACCCAUUGAAAUCAUGGACCACAGCAUCUCCGCCUUCAUGAGGAAAGGCAUCAUAGGGGACUGGAAAACCAUGUUCACGGUGGCCCAGAAUGAGCGCUUUGAUGCCGACUACGCUCAGAAGAUGGCAGGCUGCAGCCUGAAGUUCCGCUCGGAGCAGUGAGUGGUGUUCGUGGGAACCACUCCCACAAGGGAGACGUGUGAAAGCAGCCUGACAGCGGCCUCAAGAAUAAA